AAAGAGUGUAAAUGAAGGUGAAAAGAGAGGUAGAGACCAGCUGUAGAGUGCCACGUCAAUAGCUCGUACCCUCGUUGUUCAUCGUCUCUUUAUAAGUAUUAGUAGUGAUCAAAAACGCCAUUUUUAAGAGACGUUGAAAGAGAGAGAGAGGGAGAGAGAAUACAGAGAAAGAAGAGAGAUGGCUGACUAUGCAUACAUGGACAUAACGAGGUUCACGGCAAACCCAGAUGGUUUUUACGCUACCAACAAUCCGUUCCAAAAAUCGGGUCCCAAGGGUUUCAUCGAGGUGAAGGUUCUAGAGAACGACAAGCUCUACAUCCGCGUCGACUUGCCCGGUGUUCCAGACGACGCCGUCCGCCACAGAGUCGACGCCGUGAGGCAAAAGGUUGUCUUUUUUUCGGGCAAGACUCUCGACGACGGCAGAAACAAGGGCAGCGUUCGUGAGUACUCUGGAUCCGCCGGUCUGAGUUGUGACUGCUGCGAGAUCACCGGCGUGGAUGCCAAGAUGAAAGAUGGAGUCUUGAGGAUGAUUGUGUCGAGGGUCAAGGUGAAGGACCAUGACAAGAAGUGUCCUCUCACUUUCCCUCCUUUCACAGGUAAAUCUGGAAGACGCCAGGAGGAUCAUCCGUUUCUGGUGAAAGGUCCUCAGGGAGCAUCAUUCGCCGGAGGAGUAACACCUGAUGGAGGUACUUACUUCGCCUUAGAUGUGCCAGGUGCUUCUACUGCUGAUCUCCAAUGGGUUGCCAUCGAGAAUGGACUUAGGUUCAUUGCUCAGAAGAAGAAGGUGUGUGAGCAUGAUAAGAGUGCUCGUCUUUACCUUGGAAGCUUCGGCACUUUGGAUUCUUCCACUGCAAUUUCACUCAACUCCAUCACCGCUACUGUAAACUUUGGUGUUCUCAAGAUCGUCAAUGGACCUCUGCGCAACCAGUAAUCACUCUCUAUCCUUUUUGUUCUAAGAGAACUAAGAUUGAUUAGUCUCUUGAGUGUGUUUAAGUUGAGUCUUGAGACAAGUUAUGUGUGAGUCCUGCUUUUGUGUGUUUUUGCUAUGGUGUUUGAGGAUUCAUAUUCAUAAUCUAAACUUUUUAAGCUAAGCUUGAUCCAUCAAAUUGAAAA